AUGAUUGCAGAUGCUGCCAAAAAUAAAGGUUCAAGUUGGUUUUGUCAAUAUGUCCCAGCAAAUUCACUUUGUGUUCAAUGGUCAAAGUUUUUGAUCAAAAUGGUCCACGCACCCGUUCUCCUCGAGAAAUUUUUGAUCUAUGUAGCAAUGCAGUGCAUCUCCGAAGCCUUUGAGGUCGAAUGGUCUCCUGAUUCGACUAGCCCUUUGACGAUGAAACCAGGCAAUCUGCUAAGUGUUUUCGAGGUCUUCGUCAAAACCCAAAAGAAAGUAAAUGAUACUAUCCGGAAAUCACUUGCAACUGCAAAAUCGAAGGCCAAACUCACUUCAAGUACAAGUCGCGGCCCCGACGGUAGUAGCAGCUUGCCAGGUGGUGCCGGUGCCAUGCCUGACCUCGCGUCGAUGAUGGGUCAAGGUGGGGGCGGCAUGCCCGACCUUUCUGCGUUGAUGAAUAAUCCAAUGAUGGCUCAGAUGGCUCAGAGCAUGAUGGCCAACGGCGGCUUGGAGCGUAUGAUGCAAAACCCAAUGGUCCAACAAAUGAUGAAUAGUAUGGGCGGUGGUGGGGGUGGCAUGCCAGAUCUUUCAGCUCUCAUGAACAACCCAGCAGCACGUGAAGCGGCUGCCAGCCUGAUGGGAGGUUCGGGUACUGGUUCAUCCAACCGGAAUAAUGCUAAUAACCCCAGCAACGACAACAUGUUCUCUUGA